AUGCCUGAGACGGCAAAGUCCGCUCUGGCUCCGAAGAAAGGCUCCAAGAAGGCCAUGACCAAGGUGCAGAAAAAGGAUGGUAAGAAACACAAGCGCAGCCAAAAAGAAAGCUACUCAGUUUACGUAUACAAGGUGUUGAAGCAAGUCCACCAUGACACUGGCAUCUCGUCCAAAGCCAUGGGCAUCAUGAACACCUUCGUGAAUAACAUUUUUGAGCGCAUCGCGGUUGAGGCUUCUUGCUUGGCACAUUACAACAAGCAUUCCACCAUCAUGCCCCAGGAGAUCCCGAGAGCCGUGCGCCUGCUGCUACCCGGGGAGUUGGCCAAGCAUGCCGUCUCAGAGGGCACCAAGGCCGUCACCAAGUACACCAGCUCGAAGUAA